AUGAAUAUCAUUGAUCCAAUAGAAGAAUUUAGAAAUUUUGUACAAGAAUAUAAAAAUGCUAAGAAUGAAGACUAUUUAGAAAUUUUUCUUAAAACAUCAUUAAGUAGAAUAAUCAUUAAUAUUAAUGAUAUAAGAAUUUUUAAUGUACAACUAGCUAACCUGCUUAUAAAUGACCCUUCUAAUCUUGUUCCACAAAUAGAGGAUGUCAUUUAUCAAAUUAGCCAUAAAAAUAUUAAAUUUGGUAUUGAAGGGUCAUUUGGAGAAUACAAACUUACCCCUAGGUCUAUUAAUUCUUUUUUUUUGGGAAAAAUGAUUUGUAUUACAGGAAUAGUAACUAGCUGUUCGAUCUGUAGACCCAAGAUUGUUAAAAGUGUUCAUUACAACAAUUUUAAAUCCUCGUUUGUGCAAAAAGAAUACAGAGAUUCAACUAUGAUUACAAAGUUGCCGCUUACAAAUACUGUCUAUCCUACUAGAGAUAUUGAUGGAUCGUUAUUAAAUACUGAAUAUGGACUAAGUGAUUAUAUAGAUUAUCAAACUAUUAAUUUACAAGAAAUGCCUGAAGAUUCUCCAUGUGGUCAGCUACCAAGAAGUGUAGAAUGUAUCUUAAGUCAUGAUUUAGUAGACAAAGUUAAGCCUGGUGAUAGGGUUAUUUGUUAUGGAAUUUACAAAAGCCUGGCUGCAGGAGGUAUUACGGAGUUCCCAUCUAAAUUCAAAAAUGUUUUAAUAGUUAAUAAUAUUGAUUUAAUGAAAAAAAGUGUUUAUGCAACAGGGGAUAUUUCUAAAUAUAAUUAUGAUAAUUUAACUAAGUUUGUUGCGCCGAGUAUAUGGGGACAUGAUAAAAUAAAGAAAGCAUUGGCUAUGAUGCUUGUUGGUGGUAAUGAAGUUAUUUUGAAAAAUGGUGCAAAAAUUAGAGGUGACAUUAAUAUUUUACUAGUUGGAGAUCCUUCUACUGCUAAAAGCCAACUGCUUAGAUUUGUAUAUAACUUUAAUGAAAUUUCUGUUGCUACUACAGGGAAAGGUUCUUCUGGUGUUGGACUUACUGCGGCUGUAGUCAUCGAUAAGGAUACUGGAGAUAAAAGAUUAGAAGCUGGUGCAAUGAUUUUGGCAGAUCGUGGAAUUGUGUGUAUAGAUGAAUUUGAUAAAAUGAAUGAUCUUGAUAGGGUAGCAAUACAUGAAGUGAUGGAGCAACAAACUGUUACUAUUUCUAAGGCUGGGAUACAUACAACUUUAAAUGCCAGAUGCUCUGUUUUGGCUGCCGCCAAUCCCAUUUAUGGUAUGUAUAGAGAAGGUAAAAGACCUAGUGAAAAUAUUCGCUUACCCGAAUCAAUUAUGACAAGAUUUGAUCUAAUUUUUGUUGUUUUAGACAAAUCAGAUUAUUAUCUAGACUGUUUAAUCUCAGAGCAUGUUAUCAAUAAUCAUUCUAUAAUGGUACAAAAGGAAGUUGAAGAUUCAAAUGGAUUUAGAGAUUAUAUUAAAGCAUGUAAAAACAUAAAACCUAUGUUGACUAAAGAAGCCAGUAAAGUUGUUAUUGAAGAAUAUACAAAAUUUAGACAAAUUAAAAAUAAGAAAGAACAAAUUGUUUCAAUUACUCCUAGAAUGUUAGAAACAAUUAUUCGUCUUUCUACUGCCAAUGCUAAAUUACGUUUAUCGGAAAUUACAGAAGUCUAUGAUGUAGAACAAGCUAUUGAACUUUUAAAUUCCACGCUUUUUCAACAAGUUGUUAAUCAAAAUAAAAGGCAUAAGACGGAGAAUGAAUAUGAAGAGAUUAAUACGGAGAAUUAUGGCAUAGAUGAAGAAAUUCAAAUUGUUGAGAAUAAUAAUGCAAAAAAAGAUUUUAUUAUAAAUUUAUUGUAUGAAAUUAGACUAGAUAAUGAAUCCUUGACAAGCAUUACAUUAGAUGAAAUUUUUAGUAAAAUUUCAUCAGAUUUAAAUAUAACAAAAAAGGAUGUUGAUGAAGUACUUGAAGACUUAAGUGCACAAGAAAUUAUAUUCUAUGAAAAUAGUACUGUUAUUUUUAUAAAUUAA